AUGCGGCGAAUCUGCAUCUCCAACUCCAAGCUUGUGUUUCUCCUGCUGCUCUGCGCCAGGAUGCUGCCGGCGGGCGUAUCCUCUGCAAAGAUCCAUGGUAAAAUCAAUCAAUAUCGAAUCUCAGAGGCCUUGGGUGUGCUCAAAUUGAUUUGCCAGUGCUUGUGCUUGCUCAAAUUGAUGGCGAUGGCGGUGGUGGCAGGGAACCCAGCCAACGACCUUGUGGCCCUCAUCAACGGCAAGAGGGCGGCGAGCAAGCUGCCUGCGCUGCGCAACAGCAGAGGCCUCGGGUGCAUGGCGCUGCAGUACAUCUCCGAGUGCAUGGCCGCCGCCGCCUGCAGCAGCGGCAACACGGUGGCGUGCCAGCCCCCCGAGGCCCACAUCACGGAGGUCUACGCCGCCAACUGCGGCGUGGAACUCCCCACGGUGGACGUCAUCUCCGGCCGCCUCGUCGGCUGCCACCGGGACCGCGACGGCCCGGAGGACGCGGUGCAGGCCGUGCUGGCAUCAGCCAACGGCAACAGCACCAAUGCCACCGCCACGGCCACCGAGGCGGCCGCGCUGGCGGUGAUCCGCGGCAAGGAGCACACCCAGGUGGGCGCCGGCUUCGACCGCGCGCACCGCCGCGGGCCCUUCUUCUGGUGCCUCCUCUUCAGCAGCGGCAGCGCCAACUCCACCUUCCUGCUGGAGGCCGGCGGCAAGGGCAUCGACCAGACCCAUGGCUGCUUCAGCGCUCCAGAUCGCCCCUCGUGCAACGCCGCGCCGCCGCGCCCCGGACAGCUCAUGUUCACCAUUGCCGUUGCCGCAGCGGCUGCGCUGCUCUUCCGUUGCCUUGUCUCCUAA